UUGACCACAAAUUGUUUAAAAUCGUGGUUGCAGUGAAACUUAUAUUAUUGCACGGAAUCAGGUAAUGAUUUGGUGUUGUUUUUCUUAUUAGCCGUGUUUGGUAGUGCUCAUGCAACGGAAUGAAACAGUAGUUAUCCCAACCGCCGCAUCCACCCAGUGAAGAGACACCGCCACAAAAAUGUACUUGUGAGACGUGGUUGAGUGUGUGGUGGCCUUCACACAUUCACAGUUUUCCAGACACCCUGUUACAGCCAGCUAAUGCAAACCUUAAACAAGUCUGCUACUGUCUAGAGCUGCUGAUUGACAUCUCGGCUACCAAAAAAAUCAGGCCAGAGGCUCGCUCUUGGGCUUCCUGGCUUGUCACACAAAUACACACCCUGAGCAGUGGUUUUGCAGCGCUGGGAAGGCUCAUGGUUGUGGAGCUGUAAGGGUCAGCAGCUCUGCCCAGGAGGAGCAGAGGGGGGAUGGGGUAGGGGCUGAGGACAGAGCCAUGGUACACAACGGCUUAGUCCCCCUCACAGCAACACCCCAGGCUCCAUCUCUAUCCCCGGAGCAGGGGGCCGCCAAUGGCCGCUCAUCCGGGAGGAGACGAACACCCAAGUCAUGUGACUGCUGUGGACCCAACACCAAAGGCCACGAUGAGAAGACCCACCACAGCGGGACGCCCGGACGCAGGGGUGCGGGCCAGUCGGGGAGGGGGCGGGGCCUGUCGGGGAGGGGGAGGGUGCAUCCAGGCAGAGGGAGGGGUUACCCAGGGAGAGGCAGGUCGCUGGAGCUGGGAGACGUCCCUAGAAGGAAACCUGGUCGUCCGUCCUGGAAGAGGACUGUGGAGAUCGCGGAGCAGGUGGAGGAGACCAAAGACUCUGUGGUGGAGGAGGUGACGGACUUUGUAUGUCCGUCACCAACACACCCUCCAGGGGAGCAGGGGGGGAACUGUGUGGCUGAGCUUGUGACUGGCAUAGAGCAGCAGGCCGGGCCUGUCUCUGGGGAGUCUGGGCCUGUCUCUGGGGAGUCUGGGCCUGUCUCUGGGGAGUCUGGCUCUGGCACUGCUGGGUCAGGGGUGGAAGAUGGAGAGGAUGGUUUGAGGGAUGACUGGUUAGUUCCCUCAGGGGAGGAGCAGCUAGAGGGUGUGUGUGACCCUGGCAAACCCCCGCAGACGGGUGGGGUGAUGGAGGUGGAGCAGCCGCCACCUCAGGUAACUGGAGCUGUCGUUCUGUCCAACGGUACAACGCCGCCACCACCACCUACCUCGGUGGAGCCUGCCCUAAUGGAGCAUACCCUAAUGGAGUCUGCCCCAAUGGAGGUGGAACCAUUGACUCUGGCCACUGUUUCCCCCAUCCACAUACUCCUGGACACCACCCUCCAUCCUCACGCUGUGUGGGACCACUGUACGUACUGCAAGCCUGGGACGUGGGUGCAGGAAGAGGGCAACUCCCCACCAGAUCAGCCCUCCAAGCCCCAGCCCUGGCCUGCAGACAACAGCCAUGAAGGAAUCAGAGAAAUCGUCCACGAGUUCCUGGAACACUUUUAUGUGAAGUACGGGAGCUUCAUCCCCUUAAGUGAGAGUGAUAUCAUGGAGCAUCUUAAGAAGACUUGCAACUCAGAACUCAACAACAGGCAACUAAACAUCCAUUCGGAGGUGGUGAAGUACAAGGCGGGGCUGGCCUCAGCUCCCAUGACGUCGUUCAUGGUGACCUAUAACAAACACACUCUGACCCUGGAGGACUUAAGCACACUGGACGAGCAGAACUGGGUCAAUGACCAGGUCAUAAACAUGUACGGGGAACUGAUCCUGGAAGCGACUCAGCACAAGAUCCAUUUCUUCAACAGCUUCUUCCACAGACAGCUUGUGGCCAAGGGCUACGAAGGGGUUAAGAGGUGGACUAAAAAGGUGGACCUGUUCUCCAAAAGGCUACUGUUGAUCCCUAUCCAUCUGGAGAUCCACUGGUCUCUCAUCACGGUGGACAUGACCAAUCAGCACAUCAACUACUACGACUCGCAGGGCAUAGUCUUCAAACACACCGUCGACAAUAUCAUGAGAUACAUUCUGUCUGAAGCCAAGGAGAAGAAGCAGGCUGUCUUCCAGAAGGGAUGGAAGAUGAUCAUAAAUAAGGGGAUUCCCCAGCAGAAGAACGACAGUGACUGUGGCGUGUUUGUCCUUGAGUACUGCAGGUGUCUGGCCCUGAAACACCCUCUGCAGUUCAGCCAGGACGACAUGCCCAGGGUCCGUAAGAGAAUCUACAAGGAGCUCUGUGACUGUGGCCUGAGCGCCUGACCCAGCAGCUGAGGUGCCAGUAUCGUCCAACCAGAUCCACCCUUACUGCCUGGGUGCUCCAGCACUGCCCUAUCAGAUGGACCCUUACUCCUAUGUAGGGCGAGAGUACUGUCCAAUCAGACUGAAGAAAACACAAUGGAGAAGGAAGCUGUGCUCUUGACAAGUCGAGGAUGUUUGCCAAUACGAGAUGGAAUAGAUGCCCUCUUAUUCCUUAGAGGAAUGAGGUUAAAGGUGUCCUGAUUGGUCAGUUUUAACCUUUUACAUUUCAAUUUGUUUUCCUAACCAUUCUGAAGCAGGAUGCCACUUCGCUCACCACAACGCCUCCUCUGCUGUUCAUGGUCUCAGGCUGGCUGGCUGAUCCAGGGAGCUGACGUCUAUUCCCACAACAGACCCAUGUGACAUUUAAUAACCCGUCUACUCACGUCAACCGUUGAACUGAGAUGUCUGGCAGAGCAGACAUUUCCAGGUGAAACUUGAAGGAUCCAGUGUGACGUCUCCUGCUAUGUCUGCCAGUAGUGUGCUGCAGAUGGAAGAGGCCAACAGAAGCAGUAAACUGAAUGUAAUGUAAGGACGGCCUAUUGACUGUCUAUUCUUAGUUUGUUUGCUUCUGAGCACCUCGCCAGGUUUCGCACUGUUCAGAGCUAGCUAUGAGGUUAGCUCACGCGUGGACCAGAGUGAGUUUGGGUUGCAGUUGAAGAACAUUUCUCCCAAACAAAUGAACCCUCACCUCUCUGUUCCUGUUAGAACAACCAGACUCAUACAAUUAUUACAACAGACCCUAGGUUGACUGGCAGUGAACAUGUAGAAAAACAUAGCUAGUACUAUUGAACACACUGUAUUGCAUUGUAUCGCUCGAUUUUAUUUUUUAACACUUCUAGAUUAGGCUGGUCCCUCUGUGUGUUGGUUGCCUGGUAACAACAAAUCUGGGACCAGGCUAAGUCAUGGAACCAUUAAAGUGUUAAUGAUCACAGCUGAAUUAUAUUUGUGUAUACUGGUUCAAUUGCUUUGACUUGUGUUGAUAUAAAUUAUCUAUGGUUUUGAUUAUGUUGUGUUCAAUUGGUUUGGGGUUAUUUGAACUAACUACCAGUGCAAUCAGACCUUGAGGCUGAAUCCAUUCUUCAGGUACAUUAACUUAGUUUUAUCGGUAUCUGAACCGUAUGGUAGGUAGUGCAAAUUACCCCAAUAUUAGUUGAAUUUCUAAGUUUAGUAUAUUUAAGUUAGAUUCAGGUUCUGUUUUUCCAUGCUGCUCAAAAUCCUAAAAGUUACAUUUGCAAUUCCAAUUGGACAACUCCAUCUGCAAAGCUUUCAUCCAGCUAUAGCUGAAUUUGACUCACAUAUGGCAGAUGUGGUCAAGAUUGACUGUUGAUUAAAUAGUGAUAGGGCCCCCAGACCAUAUAGACCUGGAACAAGGUUACCCUGACCACAGGUGAGGGUACAGGAGUAAGACAUGUGCUUAAGGAUGCCCUUGUUUCGUUUUUUUUGUAUUUUCGAUGAUGUAAAACAGUACUACUGUGACUGUGGCAUGGAGCCGAUGUUCUGGGAACUUAAAGUGGGCCUGUCAAUGUUGACCGCUUGAGCAAACUGUAGAAUACAUAUAAAGAUAUGGUCCUCUUACGGAGUGUGUAAAGUUACUUGAAGCAUAACAAUAAAGCUGUCUGACAGUG